GAUAGGUGGCGUCGUUACCGGAUGUCGACGAUGACCUACGAUUAGAAACUUGUAGGGUGUUGUUGUUGUCGUAGGGGGAAAAAAUAUCCUAAGAAAUUCUCGGAUAUUAUUAGCCAAAUUUCAUUAUGACGCUCCACAGAAUCUCGUAGGAUCAAAAUGAAUGACAUGGAUUGGAGAUAGAAGAUAAGUUAUUCCUCUGCAUCAAAUAGUUAAUUUUAGCCAAACAUGAACAAAAUGUAUACCCAUUUAUAUAUUCACUGGGCUGUCCUUCUGCCAUUAGCAUUGACGUCCGGUCAAUAUGCCAAUGAAUCUAGUACAAUGCUUCACUUCAGCCAUGCUAUGAUAGUGCCAGAGUAUCAGGAAUCUCAUUCGUUUGAUCCACGUGGAAUGGAACAUCUAUACACAAUCACAAACAUGUUUCUGGAUUUAAUACAGAAGGACGGACUACCUCCUGUCAUUGUCACCAAUGAAAUAUUCAAAACUCCCUUGAAAGUUAUUGAUAAAAACAGAGGAGAACUUUUUAGCCAUUUCUUGGGAAUGUUGCUUAUUGCUGUUAUCGGACUGGUUUUAGCCAUAAUUUUACCCAUCAGCGGACUGUUGUUUUGUUGCUGUCGUUGUGCAGGAAAAUGUGGAAGUAAAAAAAAUGUUCCGGAACAACGUAGAGAUUCGUGUCGUCGCAUCGUCUGGGGAACCGUUAUGUUUUUAAUAUUAUUGGCCAUGAUGUUUGGCGUGGUAUGUGCUUUUGUGACAAACGAAUACAUUGAACAUGGUGUAAAUUCUCUUCCUUGGACUCUAAAAGAUAAUAUCGGAGAUGUUAAUCUGUAUCUUAAUAAUACAAAAUCGGAAAUCAAUCAUUUGUUAAAGAAAAAUUUUCAACAGUUACAAAUGAAAUUGGGUGAAACCCUUGAUAAAAGUGGAGAGACUGUGAAAGAUAGAUUAGGGGAAGUAACGCAAGCUGCAGCGGUCAAUAAUUUGACAGAAAUUGUUUCUCGACUUGGACAGGUUCAAAACCGUUUAAAGAAAGCAGUUCAAUAUACGGAACAGCUGUAUAAAACAUCAAAUCAGCUGCAGACUCAUCUGACAGACAUUAAAGAACAACUCAUCGAAAUACAAAAACGUUGCACUAGUGAUAGUUGUCAAGAACAAAUUAAGCAAUAUAACACAAGUGCCUUUUCUGUGGCUACAAACGUUUACAAAUUUCCAAAUUUAUCAUAUGUUUUCCAUAAUAUUUCAACCCUUUUGAAUCAGAACAUUGAAACGGAAAUUAAAGAAGGAAAAAUAGCAUUUGAUAAAUUAAGUGAUACAAUACAAAAAGCUGUCAAUAAGACUAUACCAGAUAUCAAGCACAAGAUAAGUCUUGUGGGUUCGGAAUUAUCUACGGCUGCAGACAACAUAACUUUGAUGCUGAGAUUCCCUCAGUUGAAUCAGGCAGAAAGUUAUAUAGUAAAAUAUGAGCCACUCGUAAAAGAAUAUUCUAAAUAUCGGUGGUAUGCAUGCAUCGGUUUCUGUUGCGGAAUGUUAUCUAUUGUUAUGUGUUUUACAUUCGGAUUAAUAUGCGGUACCUGUGGCCAACAACCUGGAAAUAUAUACUCUGAUAAUACAUGUAAUAAAGGAGCGGGAGCAGAUUUCUUAUUACUUGGUGUUGGACUUCUUUUCUUGUUCUCGUUUCUGUUACUGAUUGCCAUGACGGCAUUGUUUUUGGUUGGCGGGACUACUGAGAAAGUCAUUUGUGAUCUAGUGUCGAAUUCUUCAAAUCCACAGUUACGACAGUUAAUAGAAUUGAUUCAAGAUCAAGAAAUAAAUCAUCCCUCUGCUGGAGAAAGACUGGAUAUCAUACAUAUGCUUCGUCACUGCCACAAGAACCAAAGUCUCUAUCAUGCAUUGGGUUUCGAACAACAUCGUCAAAUUCGAAUAGGUCACAAUGUUAUUCAAAUGAUGAAUUUUUCAGAAAUAAGAAAUUAUCGCCAGAACUAUCAAGUUGACGAAAAACUAGAAGAAUUUCUGCAUCAACUUAGUAUUAGUCCAAAUGUGACAGUGCUAACACCACAAGGAGAAGAAUUACUCCAAAGAUUGAAAGACACUCCAUUUUCUGCAAUAAACUUUUCUGUUUAUUUUGAAAUGGAUAAGAAACAGGUGACGUCAAUUGACAUACCUGAUGUGAUCCGUCAGUUGCAGACAACAAUAACUUUAAUCCCUGCAUCGGAACAUGAGGUUAAAAAUAACUUGAAAAACAUAACAAAACAAUUAGAACUGUAUCAGAGAACCCUGAUUGCUUCAAUUCAUGAAACACUGGAUCAACUUCAAAAACUAGGAGAACAACUUCAGAAAGAUACAAGAGUAGGUAACAGGACCAUCCAGGAAGCACUACCAGAUCUUCUCCAACAAGCUCAAACUGCACAAGAAUUUAUACAGACUAAAGGAAAAGAAGAAAUUAAAAGGUUGGCCGAAGAAUUUAUAACAGAAUUUACAGGAUUAAUGGAUCAGUACGCAUUCUAUGUACAGCAACAGGUUGAGAAUAACAUAGGUAAAUGUGGUCCCAUCAGCCAGGCUUUUAACACAAGUAUCAUUGCUACAUGCAGUGAAAUACUUCUGCCAUUUAAUGGAUUUUGGGCAAGUCUCGGUUGUUGCACUCUUCUCUGCAUUCCGGGUCUUAUUGUGGCAGUAAUCUUAUCCGUAUUAUAUCGUCGAAUAGAACCGUAUCCCGGACCACUUGUCGAUUCGUAAGUAUAAUGUUGCUUUGGUGUUAUAACUGCUUUAUUUUCUUCAAGGAAACUAAUUUCAUCUGUUAAAAAUUUAAUCUACUUUUUCAUUUGAGGUUGUAAUAUGCUUAAUUACAACAGUUAUUUAUCUUAUGCUUCAUUUGUACUAGAAUUAACAGCACACUUACAGUAUGGUCUUGUUUUACAUGGUAUCUCUUAUUGACGGGUGCCUCACAAAAUGAAAUUUGUGCUCCACUCCAAGUAGUUCAGACGAUUGCAUAAACACUUGUGCAACCAUUUACAAUUAACAGAUAAACAU